GUCAUAGCUGAGAGCCCAUAUGCUUCUCCCUUUAAUAUAACGGUUCUUCAUCAUAUUCGCCAUCAUGUUCAUCCUGACUACCAUGUCGGAUCUGAUCCAGAUCUCGCCAGAGGACUUUUCCAAGUUCAGUGCUGUGGCGAUUGAAGAUAACAUUAACGAAAAAUACGCCAACAAGGUAAUCCAAAAGAUCGGUCUAUGCAUCAGCUUCUAUGACCUCCUCGAGUCCUCAGACGGUCUGAUCGGCCAUGGAACCGGCCUUGUCAACGUUAAUGUUAAAUUCCGCCUGAUCGUCUUCAGGCCCUUCAAGGGCGAGAUCAUGAUGGGCAAGAUCGCCAGCGGCACCGAGCACGGCAUCAAAAUCGCUGUUGAAUUUUUCAACGAUAUCCUGAUUCCUCCGGGUCUGCUCCUAGACAAUGCUAGAUUCGACUACGCGGAUCAAGUAUGGGUCUGGGUAAACGACGAAGGAUCCACGUUCUACUUCGAUGUUGGAGAAAUCGUCCGUUUCCGCGUCGAAACGGAAGAGUGGCACGACCAGAUUCCCAAUGCGCCCGAACUCGCCGAUGCGCCUGCUAUGGAAAGGAAACCGCCAUAUUCGAUUAUUGGCUCAAUGCAGAUGGCCGGCCUUGGACCCGUCGCUUGGUGGUGA